AUGUUGAUGCUUCGCUUCGACGUUGCAGGUGUACAAGCUCUGGUGUGUGCAUUUCGCCUGCCCGAUGUGAUUAUCACAUCAAGCCGAGACCGAUGUUCAUCGACUGAAGCACUCUGCAUCACAUUGUAUCGCAUGUCGUUCCCGCGCCGCUACUACGACAUGAUGGCC